AUGCCUGAGCAUCCCCUCGGCGAAGCUAAGCAUGGCGCCGCGAUGCAGUUGCUCCGCAUCGUUGGUUUUGGCAUAUACUUCUUCGGCUCCUGCUUCUUCGCCCAUGGCGCACAGAUCAUGGGAGUGCCACUGUAUUUCAUCAAUAAGGACUGGUUCUACGCAUCGCAGGCACUGGCGAAGCAGUUCUUUGCCCUUAUCAUCACAACCAUGACCCAACUGUGGAGUCCGACUGUGGUCAGAAUCAGCGGGGAUAAGAGUGUGGCAGGUCAAUUGAGGCAGGAUGCUAGUGGAUUGCUGGAGCUCAAUUUCGAGGAUCGAGCGGUAAUCAUGGCCAAUCACCAGAUAUACACGGAUUGGCUAUACCUGUGGUGGAUUGCAUAUACGAACAGCCAACCCAUGCAUGGACACAUCUAUAUCAUCCUCAAAGACUCGCUCAAAUGGGUACCGCUCAUUGGGCCAGCGAUGCAGCUGUACGGCUUCAUAUUCAUGGCACGGAAAUGGUCCACCGAUCAGCAGCGCAUGCGGUAUAGAUUGCAGAAGCUGAAUACUAGGCAUUCUGGUCCCAUGUCUGGUCAGCAUGGAGCUGCGCAGCUGGAUCCAAUGUGGCUGCUCAUAUUCCCAGAGGGUACCAAUCUAUCUGCGAACACCCGAAAGCAGUCGCAGAAGUUCGCUGAAAAGUCUGGUCAAGCAGAUCUGAAGCAUCAGGUCUUGCCGCGCAGCACUGGGCUUCAGUUUUGCUUGCAGGAACUUAGGGAUACGGUUGACUAUGUCUACGACUGCACCAUAGGAUACGAAGGUGUUCCACCUAGUGGAUAUGCGUCAGAGCUAUUCACCCUUAGAUCCGUCUACUUCCAAGGUCGGCCACCAAAGAGCGUGAACAUGCAUUGGCGACGGUACAGAGUCAAGGACAUGCCUUUGGACGAUAAGGAUAAGUUUCACGAAUGGGUCCUGGCGCGAUGGAGGGAAAAGGAUGAAUUGCUUGAGACGUUCAUCAAGACUGGAAGGUUCCCAGCGGAUAAAGUGGCUGUGCAUAUUGAAGAUGGACCCACGGACAGCUUCAAGACACCAUACAUUAAUACCGAAGUUAGACCUAGAGGAUCGAUGGAGUAUUUUCAGAUCUUCAUGCCCGUGGCUGCGGCUACGAUGGUUGGGAGGGUAUUGGUCCAGAUCUUUGACAGGAUCUUUGGGAAGUAG